AUGGAUAGUGAUGAUGAAUAUGAUGAGUAUUAUCAGAGACGCAAGAAAGUAAUAAUAUUUGCGGCUACUGAGACACAACGAAUCAUUGGACAUACUGACAGGACAUGUCGAAACAUGAUAAGAAUGAGUCGAAAGGCGUUCUUUAACCUAUGUCAAGUGAUGCGUGCCAAGGGUCUUUUGUAUGAUACAAUUAACGUUCAAGUGGAGGAACAAGUGGUUAUUUUUUUAUAUGCAAUCGGUCACAAUUUUAAGAACCGCGUCCUCUUACAUUUGUUUGGGCAUAAAGGUGAAACUAUUAGCCGGUAUUUUAAUCAUGUUUUGGGAGCAGUUCUCAAACUGUACCCGGUAUUGUUGAAGCCUUCAAGUACCGUAACACAUGAGCGAAUAGCAGGAUCAGCAUCUGAUUCACGAAUAUUAGAUGACACCAUUCACAGAGAAGGUGAGGCAAAACUACCAGUUCCUAGAGAGUGGAGAAAUUCGAAUGUUUCACCUGCCAACAAUAAAGAAUUGUUCAACUUGCGUCAUUCAAGAUUACGUAACAUAAUUGAGCGAGUUUUCGGACCGUUGAAGUCAAGAUUCAAGAUUUUGAAAAGCCAAUCAGAGUAUCCUUUCAAGACUCAGGCUAGGAUUGUACAAGCUUGUGUUAUGAUACACAAUCAUAUCCUUACCCAAAAUAGUGUUCAAGAAGAAGAGGAAUGGCUUGAACAGGAGAAUGUAGUUACAGGUGAGAAUACUAAUGAAGAAGCAGAAGACAAUGAUGAAAAUAGUGAUGAGGAUUCUGACGUUGAUGAUGAAGAUGAUAACUUUGAUCAAGAUCAAUUCCGAGAGGAGAUGGUUGAUUAUAUGUGGAAUAAUUGGAUGGCAGGAGAUGAUUCAGAUGAAGAAAUGCAUGAUUCUUCAUAUGAAUCACAAGAAGAUACAAACUGA